AUGGGGCUUUGUCUCCUUUCCGGAAGUGGUCACAAAGAACUAGCAGCCUUAGUCAGUUCAAAAAUCGGAUAUCCGGUCGGUGAAGAGGCACUUCAUAGCAGUCGAUUUUCCAAUGGAGAGACAUUCGUAUCCAUUGGUGCAUCAGUGCGAAACGCCGAUGUUUUUAUUAUCCAAACCGCAUCAAAUCCUGUUAACGACAUGCUCAUGGAACUACUCAUUGCAAUAAACGCUUGUAAAACUGCAUCGGCCAGGAGAAUCACCGCGGUCAUGCCGUGUUUUCCGUACUCGCGACAAGACAAAAAAGAUCGGAGCAGGGCACCUAUUACUGCGAAGCUUGUUGCUAAUAUGCUUGAGAGUGCCGGGUGCAAUCACAUUAUUACCAUGGAUCUACAUGCUUCACAAAUCCAGGGAUUUUUUAACAUUCCUGUCGACAAGUACUUGUUUGCCGAGAAAACGAUGAUCGAAUAUAUUCGACGCAAUUAUUCAACCGAUGAUCUGGUGGUUGUAUCUCCAGAUGCAGGUGGUGCCAAGCGAGCCGCCGCCAUCGCAGAUCGACUCCAUGUCGACCUUGCCAUCAUUCACAAAGAGCGCAAAAUUGCAAAUCAAGUGAGCAGGAUGAUCCUAGUUGGCAAUGUGGCUAGAAAAAAUGCCAUCCUAGUUGAUGACAUAGCGGAUACUUGCGGAACGCUUGCACUGGCUGCGCAGAUCCUCAAAGAGCAGGGUGCCAAUCAGUGCAUUGCUAUUGUCACACACGGCUUCUUGAGCGGACCAUCUGUCAAGGUUAUCAAUGAGAGUGUGCUUGACAGGCUUGUCGUGUCGAACACACUACCGCUGCCUGAUCAUGCACGUUCAUGUGAGAAAAUCCAGCAGAUGGACGUUAGUCCUACCAUUGCGGAGGCUAUUCGGAGAACGCAUAAUGGCGAGUCGUAA